AUGUCUGCGACACAGUCUCCAGUGGUUUUAUCUAGUUACGAUCCGACCGGUCGCUAUCUAUGUUACGUCUCUAUUGCAUUAGAUAAACAGCGUAUAUCAGUCGAACCCACUCAAAAAUCAGAUAAUUAUGGCCUAUUAAAUGAGAAUUUUCUCUAUUUAGAUGAUUCUAAAUCAAGAGUAACCUCUUUAAAAUGGACACUGGUUUCUUCUACCGAAACUUUAUGUGUCUUAAUUGGUCUAAGCAACGGUGAAAUUUGGUUAUAUUCUCCUCUAUCUCAUGAAAUAUUAUUCAAAUUGUCAACAGACAAUUCCUAUGAAAUCAAGGAUAUUGUCGUUGUCGAUAGUGCCAAGAAGCUCUACUGUAUUGAUUCAGAUGAUAUUAUCUAUGAAUUUGAUCUAGUUGAGUUGAAAUUACAAAGGCAUUUUAAAGUUGAAUCAUGUACUGGCUUGAACAGAAUUGGCUUUGUCAGCGAAAAUACAUUAUUACUUGCAUCUCAUCAAAUCUUUUUAGUUGAUGUAGCUCAAAAAUCUGUUACUAUGACAUUUCCAGGCCAUGUUUCACCAGUUACUAUUCUAGAGCCACUAAGUAAAGAGUACUUUAUAUCUGGAGCAGAAAAUGAUAGAUUCUUAAAUGUCUAUGAUAUCGCAUCUGGGUUGACUAAGAGCGUCUUGGUAUCUCAAGCAAAUGUUACAUCUAUGUCUCAUUCUGACGACAACGUCAUUGUUACAACAACAGAAGAUGGCUCAGUGGAAAUCUUCGUCGAUCCGUUAAUUACAAAUACUAAUAAGAGAAGAGCUCAAAAAUCAAAACAACAUAGCAAAAAAAUCAGUGCAAUCGAUCCAAAUAAUUCUAAUAAAAUUCCACUUUUCAAUGCAUUCAUCAAUAAAGAUAUCCUCACGGUUUCUUAUCUACAAAAUGCAACUGUGCCAUUUUUCAAGCAAAUUCAAUGGAAGGAAGUAUCAGAUGAUUAUACUAUUGAAUUAGAUAUCGCACAUAGAAAGAAUAAUCGUUCGACAGAUCGUUCUCUUUAUGGCCAAGAUGUGGCAGCAACAAAGACUUACCAAGAAGGUAACGCAAGAGUUACAUCAGGUGAUAAUUUCAAGCAUGUCGAAGACGUUAUAAAACAAUUAGAGAUCGAAACCAGCAACCACGCAGAAGACGAUAGAGAAAGUGAGCCAAGUGAAUUCGAAUCUCUUGCUGAUAAAAUACCGCUAGCAUUGUCUAAUGUACCAAAAAAGAAAAAAAAGAAUCCUGUAACAGGAACAUUUGCAGUGGUCCUAACGCAAGCAUUACAAUCCAAUGAUCAUUCUUUACUUGAAACAGUGUUGAAUAACCGCGACGAUAAGAUGAUUAGAGACACGAUAAUGAGAAUAAAGCCAACUUUAUCCGUUAUUUUAUUAGAGAGAUUGGCUGAAAGAAUAGCGAGACAAUCUAACCGUCAACGUUCUCUUAAUAUCUGGGUGAAAUGGUGUCUUAUUAUACAUGGUGGCUAUCUGGUCUCCGUCCCGAAUUUAACGAAAACCUUGUCAUCCUUGCAUGCUACUGUGAAAAGUCGUGCAGCUUUAUUGGACAGGCUGACAGCUCUUAAGAUAAGAUUGGAAUAUACAUGGGAUAGAUUAGAGAUGGAUUACACUUACGGAACCAAAGAAGAAAUGCAUAAUCCAAAUGAAAUAGAUCAAACCGAAGAAGAUGACGUCGAGUACAACGAAGAAUUAGACGAUGCUGGGUUGAUAGAGGAUGGUGAAGAAGAUUCAGGUGAAAGUUACUACGAAGACAGUGACGUUGACGAAAGUGAAACGCAGGAAAUCGCACAAGAAGUAGAAAAUGGCGAUGUCCAAGAAGGAAGUGAUGAUGAUGAAGGAUAUAGUGAUGUUGAAAUGAAUGCAUAA